AUGUCAGAAACUGAGCUGGAAAAGAUAAAAGUCAGAACAGCUGAGCAUCUUGAAAAUGACAAAAAUAACAUUUCUUGGUUGAAGGAAGGAUCAUCCAGCUCAAUUCAAAGUUCUCUGGAAGACUCUGAUACGCAACUCACAAACGAAAAGCAGGCAGAUGAGAAAGCCAUUAAUGCUAUCGUUAUAAAUUCAGUAUCUGAAUUCAAUAUCACAGAUGGACCAGCCAAGGAAACCCCCAGUGAGAAAAAACUGUCAGAAUCCAGCAUAUCACUGUCCUCCCUUGAAGAAUGCCAAACGAAAUUUUCCUACCUCCAAACUGAUCCUUCAGUUCAUCCGAGAGACACUGAUGAGGACUGCGCCUCCCUCAUCCUCACCUGUCUGUUCUGCCAGUUUUUGGAUUGUCUCCUGAUGCUCCCGGACACGUGUGAAACUGUGUGUAUCAAUCUGUGCUGCCCCUCUCACAGGUACCACCACACCUCAGAUGAAAGCCACUCUCGGAACGACUGCAACUGCAACUGUGACAUAGACUGCAGCCUUUUCGAAUCUUGCCACGAGAGCAGUGAGUGUCUAGAGCUGGCCAUGGAGAUUUCAGAAAUCUGCUACCGCUAG